AUGAAAGGUGAGUUUCUUUCAUUCGUUCUUGUUUUUCUCCUCUUGGCCUUCUCAUGUGUUCAUGGAGGAGGAGAGUCGGGAACGCCUCCUACUCCAGCGGCUAGCCCGAGUAGUCCAACAGCAAAAUCAAGCGGAGCAAGUGGUUCGGCUCAUGGGCCUAAUUGGGGAUAUGAUUGGGGUUGGGGAUCGACCCCGGAAGGUGGUUAUGGCUAUGGUUCUGGUUCCGGUUCAUCACCAGAUGGAAAAGGGACUGGAUUCGGGUUCGGUUCGGGUUCAGGUUCUGGUUCAGGAACUGGCUUUGGGUUUGGCUCGGGAGGAGGAGGAGCCACAGGUGGUGGUUCUGGCCAUGGAAGUGGGACUGGAAACGCAAAUGAAGGUGGCGGCUCAGGCGGUGGGGAUGGUGGAGCAUCGCCAGGUCGUAGAGAGAGGAGCCAACACCGCUAA